GGUACAGCUGAAGUGAAACUAACAACUUUUCUUGAAUAUAUUACAUUGGUGUAAUUAUCUUAAUUUUGACAAUCUGGAUACGAUCAUAUUUUAUUUCGCUUGGAACGAACUUUUGUUCUACAUAUAAAUAUCUCGCUACAUCUAUACAAGAACGGAUUUAUUUUACAUUUUAGUUUGCUCGUAGAGGUUAAUGUUGGCCAUCUAGACGAUCCUCUCCCUCUCCCCUCUUGUGCUUGCUCUGUUCCCCCUCACCGGAACAUGGAAGCCACCGGCAAGUUUGACUUCACGGCCACGGCAGAGGACGAGCUCAGCUUCCGAAAAGGAGACGUUCUCAAGAUAUUGGGCACCAAUGAUGACUGGUUCAAGGCAGAACUACACGGUCAUGAGGGCUUUGUCCCUAGAAAUUACAUCAAUGUACGAUUUCCCGGCUGGUACCAGGAGAACUCCAGCAGGAACAUGGCAGAGGAGACUCUGAUGCCCCGUGAGGUGGGGGCCUUCCUCAUCCGGGGCAGCCAGAGUUCCCCGGGAGACUUCUCCAUCUCCGUCAGGCACGAGUCAGAUGUGCAGCAUUUUAAGGUGAUGAAGGACAAUAAAGGGCAGUACUACUUGUGGGCAGAGAAGUUCAACUCCCUUAACAAGCUGGUGGAUUACUAUAAGAAGACCUCCAUUUCCAAGCAGAGGCAGAUCUUUCUGAGUGAAGGAGACACACAGGAGGAGAGGCCAGGUCUGCCAGCACCCAGUGCUGUUCGGCCACCUGAACCUGUUCCACAAACGCAGAGGCCAGCCAUGCAGGUGCAAGCACUGUAUGACUUCAGGGCUGAGGAGGCAGAUGAAUUGGGCUUCAAUGCCGGAGAUAUAAUUGACGUUCUGGACCGCUCUGAUGCAUCAUGGUGGAAAGGCCGGCUUCGGGGAAAGACUGGCCUGUUUCCAUCCAACUACAUCACACCUGUUUGAGUAGACACCCCAUCACCCAGCACAAAAAUGCCAGUCUUACUGAUCCACCAAUCUAAAGAUGAGUUGAUUGGUUUGUGGGAAAAUGGGUUUGACUCCUAUAAUUACACCGAAUAUGUCUUAUCCGUCAUGGAGUUAUGCACAGGUCUAAACAACAAUGCCAGUUUUUGAAAAUGAUGUUACAUUUUCUAAGUUGACAUGAGAAUAAUUUCAAAUUGAUGUGUGUUAAAUUAUUUUACAUGUCAUCACCAA